AUGUCUAUGAGCAAAUACCGCAAUGAACUGACCAGUCCAGAUGAAGUAAGUAUUGCCAGUAGUGCAGAAGAAGAGGAAGAAGAGGGUACGGGCACUAAGGUGGUUCGACGCAAACACCGGCCCAAAUCCCUCAACAUUAAUCGUUCACUCAGUAUCACAUCAUCAGAAGAUGAAGGUGAUGAAAAACUGAGCAGACUUGACUCAGAAAUGAGCAACAAAGAGUCACGGAAGCCCACCGAGAAGGCCAGCAGCAGUACAAAGAUCGGUGCCAAAGUCGACCCGGAUGACACAAUGAAACCCUCGGGUAGUCGGGACGGUUCAUGUCAGCACACAGAUACAGACCCAUCCCUUCAGCAGCAACAACCACCAAUACAACAACAUCAGCAACAGCAGCAGCAGCAGCAUAUGGAUUACCUGAGUGAUGGUAAGCCGGUUCGGAGUCCAAGUCCACCGAGAAGUCCAAGCUGGAGAGAAGGCCUUGAAAGUCCACCAUUUUCGCCCCGUAGGAGGGAUUCAUAUCCGGGAAAGAAGCGCGGACAUAUAUCCCCUGUGUCUCCGAAAGAUAAGAAAUUCCAGUUCUCAUAUGUGGAUACAUCUCCGACGGUACACCACCAUCAUUCAGCAGAAGAUAUCUAUGAGAGCAACCACCAGGGCCUCUCCUACCGGGAAGAUGAACUUUCCCCUCCCAGAUCCCCCUUGACACCUGAUGAGCUAAAAAAAGCCUUUGUGGCAGCCUGUGGCCAGGCUACUCACAGGGAUAACUCUAGCAGGGACAUUCUUAGAAAAUCAUCUUCAUCAACGUCAGCCUCACCCCCACUGCACCAACGUGAAAAUGCUAAGAAGGACAAAGGCAAGUUGGACCUUGGAAUGGACACUGAGGUCAUUGACUUGGCCACAUAUGCUGCUACCAUUGCGAGUAAUACUGCAUGCCUGACCUCUCUCAGUGUGUCUCCCACUAAUAUCCCCACAUCAAACAUAGAAGGUUCAGAGCUUAUAUCCCCUGAGUCAAUUACUAGUACAGACAGCGCGUCUCCCAUUUCACCAAACUACUAUGACAGCUCCCAGUCUGAGGAAGUGGAAGAUGUCGAACUCGCUGAUCCAGCAACAAAAUCAAUUGACUAUCAAGGUACAAAGAGGCAGAAGCAGAGGCCACCGUCCUCUGACUGGUCUCCCGUGAUCGACUUGUCUCCUAUACUUGACGUUUCUCCCUCGGUCGAAGAAGCCGAACAGCAAGAGAUGCUGGCCCAGCAACAAGAGGUUCUCCGUAAGAGGGAAUCUGAACUCAUUUCCGAAUCUGAAGAGGAAGAUGAAGAAGGAAGUUCCAGUCCAGAAAAGAAAGACAUGGAUAAAUAUGUAAUCCCUUCUUUGAGACGCUACAUGAACUUUGAAGAUAUCAGUAAAAUCUGUGAAGGAAAGAUUCCGGAUGAGAAAAAGCUUGAAAGAAUAAGUGAUAUGUUGAGUGAUUUUCAGAAGAUCAACAGAGACAUGGAAAUCUUAACAUACCCCGUACUGAGAUCGAACGGCGAUAAGGAACACAUCGUUACAACCACCCCGCCAACCAUAGCAACGCGUUCGACGACAAGUGAUGUUGUUACAACCUUACCCAUCGCUCGACCUCCUUCGGCCACUUAUACAAUGGCACCCAUCUCAACUGUUGUAACGACAUCGCCGGCUAGCACUACUACUAUCUCUAUUACAGAUGAAGAAGAGGCAGACAGAGUCCUUCAUCCUUUACCUGCACGGGGUAUGCGCCCCACAAUAUCCACAUCAUCCUUAUCAGAACUCCUAGAUUCAGGAGGUGAAGAUUCUGAAUUAAUGACCGUAUGGAAUUUGGCACAAGCCAAUGUUAUAUCCAAGCCGACGCCAUCUCUCCAGACUUCAACGUCUGUUGUUACUGCCACAUCCCUGGCUAUUUCUGCUACUGUAGUUACCAGUGCAGCUACUACAUGUACUGUUUCUCAAACUGAUCGACCAGAUGGUCCUCCACCCCCUGCUAAAGGUCAUAAACCGGCAAUAGCACCAAAGCCUACCCCUCCUGCAAAACCCCAACCACCAGUUCCAGCAAAACCAACUGAUGCUGGUGGUGCUGCCAAAACAACAGAUGCAAAACCUGAACCCCCACCUCGUGUGCGCCGAAAAUUGCCGGAACCAACCCCAGAGAUCAUGGCUACCCAAAAACCCCCCAAACCCCCAAAACCUGCUCGCACCCCUUCAACAUGUUCUCUACUAACCCCAACCACAAAAACUGCACCUGUUAAUGUUGUCCCUGGACAACCCACUCGCCCACUGCCUCCACCGCCACCUCCAAGUAAAUCGGUCAAGAUGCUGACCGAAGCUUUUGAAGUGAAAACUGAAGCUAAACCUCCACCAGAAAUUAAACCAAAGCCUCCAGUUCCAGAGAAAAAACCUCCAAAGCCAAGUGUUGAGCCCAAACCAGGGAAAACACUUGCCCCCAAACCAGAGCCAGAUAAAAGAAGGUCAAAGGAAAUAAAAACAAAAGUGAAACCUUCAGCAAAAGAAGGUGAGCAACCGGCCCCCAAGGUCUUAGACUCACCUGUAACCCCCCCUGAACCAGCAGUUUCUAAUCUGAAAAGGGAAUACUCAGAUAGCACCUCAGUGUCUCCAUCAUCUUCACCUGAUCAUGAACUUUACACCUAUCCGUCACCUGGAACUCCACCAGAAUCAGAUGUUUCCCCACCAAAAGCACACUCUCCACCUUCUCCAAGGGGAGAAUCAGCAAGAAGUGGGAAGGUAUCUUCACGUUCCCAAAGUGAUAUGAAAAAGUCAAGAGGUACUCCCUACUCUAAGUCAAGUGCGGUAAGUCUAUAUUACUUCAAAUUUUAA